AUGAAUGCCAACGAAAAUGGGCAAAAAGUCAGUGAUUCUGGCAAAAGUAAAACAUUACACGUUUCGGACUUUUAUCGCGAUUCCGUUGUCUUGGUUACGGGUGGCACGGGAUUUCUCGGCAAAGUGUUGGUGGAAAAAUUGUUGCGCAGUUUUGCUGUAAAGAAAAUUAUGCUACUGAUACGCGAAAAGCGGGGCAUUAGCUCCGCACAACGAUUGCAGCAAAUGGUUUGUGAUCCGAUAUUUGAUACCAUCCGAGCGUCUGUAAUACAACCUAGUAAAAUUUUUGACAAGUUGGUGGCAAUCGAGACGGAUUUCUCCUCGCCGGAUUUUGUGAAGGAACCUUACAAAUCUGACAUAUUGCACGAAACGCAGGUAGGAUGGUAUACGAUCUGCAAAGCGAUAGCUAAAACAACUGAUCUGCUUUCAUCAAGGUUGUACGGCUUGCUUCGGAACGCAUCACGUCUGCAAGCGAUCGUGCAUGUCUCCACAUUCUACUCCAACUGCGACCGAUCCCACAUCGAAGAGUGCGUGUACGACGACAUUCGGUUCGGUGGAUGGGAUAACAUCCGGCGCAUCCUUGAACCACUGACGGAGACGGAAAAAGCCAAACUGAUGCCGACCAUCAUAGCUCCACUCCCGAACAAUUAUGUGUUUAGCAAAAAGUGCGCCGAAGUGAUGAUACAGCAGCAGUUUGCCGAUCUGCCGAUCGGGAUCUUUCGUCCACCGAUCGUCACACCCAGCUAUAAGGAACCGACCCCCGGUUGGGUGGACUGUAUACAAGGUAUCACGGGAUUAUGCAUUCCAAUACUGAAACAACGGUUGCUGUGGUACUAUGGAGAGCCGUCCGCAUGUCCAGCCUUGUCACCGGUGGAUUAUUGCACUGCCGGUUUGAUUACUGCGGCUUGCGAUAUUAGCGAGCGACACGAGGAACAUCGUGUACUGGAGUCUUUCGAUCGGCACGUAUCUAAACCUCCGGUGUACAACUAUUGCUUCGACAAAAACCCUAUCUCCUGGCAACAGUUUAUUGGGCUUGUCGGGUCUAACCUUCCAACUCCAAUGGGCCGCAAGCUAAGGCAGGAAGCAGCAGCGGUACGUUCGCAACUGCACAACGGACACGGCAACAUGAGCGACACCUGCGGCUCGAAGGUGAUCGAGUUCUACCAGGACUCGGUCGUCCUGAUCACCGGUGCGAGCGGUUUCCUCGGCAAGGUGCUGCUGGAAAAGCUGCUCCGAUGUCUGGAUGCGCGCAAGAUAUACGUGCUGAUCCGUCGAAAGCGUGACUACAGUGCACAGAUGCGAUUAGAGCAGAUCCUCAAGUCGAUGCUAUUCGACCGUGUGCGGAACGAGACCAAGGCAGCGAAGGCCCUAUUUGACAAGAUCGAGGCGGUCGAGGUGAACUUCGAGCGGGAUGAUCUCGGCCUAGAGCCCGGGCUGCGCGAUCGGAUCCGGCACGAGGUGGAGGUCGCCUUCAAUCUGCUCGCCUCGGUGAACUUCAACGAAGCGCUCGACCAGGCGCUGGAAACGAACGUCGAGUGUACGCGGCGCGUGCUCAACCUGCUCAGCGGUGCCCGCCGCAUCAAGUCCAUCAUCCACGUGUCGACGUUCUACUCGAACUGCAACCGGACGCUGAUCGAGGAGAAGAUCUACGACGACAUCGGUUUCGGCGGGUACGACAACAUCAAGAGCACGUUCGCGAAGCUGCAGGACGACCACAAACAGUUCCUGUCACCGGUCGUCCUCGGCACGUUCCCGAACUCGUACACGUUCAGCAAAAAGUGUGCCGAGGUGGUGGUGCGCGACAAGUUCGGCCACCUGCCAAUCGGAGUAUUUAGACCACCGAUAGUGACCUCCAGCUACCGGGAGCCCGUACCUGGAUGGGUCGAUAACUUUAACGGACCGAGCGGUAUGGUGGUGCCACUCUCCCAGGGACUGUACAGUGCCGCCCUGCUCGAUCCCAAAAAGAAGCCGUUCAUCGUACCGGUCGACUUCUGCGUCAAUGCGCUGCUCGUGUGCGCGUACGAUGUGAGCAAAUCGAGCGUCACCAAGAGCAUUCCCGUCUACAACUACACCGACGACUGCAACCUCUGGACCUGGGACCAGGUGAUCAAUGGGUUCUUUAGCGGUCUCGGACCAAUUCGGAAACUAGUGGCAAAAUACUUCACCGGCACAAUCACGGUCAACCCGGUGCGGUACGCAAUCUGCAAGCGAAUCAUGAUGUUCCAGGCAUUCUGUCUGGAUCUGAUCCGGACCUUCAGUGGAAAGGAAAAAAUCAUGCAACGAUUGUUCUCCAAGAUGGUGACGCUGAGCGAAGUGUUGCGCUUCUUCUGCCUGAACGACUGGAAGAUGACUAACGCCAACAUCCGCCGGAUCAGCGACGAGAUGUCACCGCUCGAGGCGGAACUGUUCCCGCUCGACAUCAGGAAGAUCGACUGGACCGAGUACUACCGGAACUUUGUGCCGGGCGUGAUCAAGUACGCCGUCCAGCCGCGCAGCCCGCGCAGUCCGAGCAUCAGCGAGCGGAAGCUGAAGGAGUCGAAGCUGCGGGAAACGAAAAAGCUCAACAGUGGCCUAUUCUACCUGCUGUGGAGCUCCGUGUUUAUUAUCGCGCUGAAGAUAUUCAAAAAUCUCUUCAACAAGGUGUGAAGAACUUUCCAACUCCAAGUACGCUUCCAAUUUAUUUAGGUUGAAUUUAAGA